ACAGGAUCGACCUGUAGCUGUAGCAGCAACAGCAGCAACAGCAGCGCACCCUCCGAGAUUAGGGGGCUUCCUGUACCCUCCUUCCCCGCGUCCGCCGCCGCCCAUUCAAAAGGAGUCGCUGCAGCUCGCCCUCCCGCCGCCUGUUGUUUCUUCCUCCGCCGGAACUUUUGUGCCGGGCCGCGGCGGAGAGGAGGGCGGUGUUCCGCGUUGCUCUCCGCGGAUGUGGGCCGACAGGAGCGGGAUGGCGGCGGGGCACCUGCAGCAGCUGUGGUGGGGGGCGGCGGGGCUGGGGCUGUCCCGAGGGGCGCUGGUGGGGCGCUUCGCCGCCCUGCGGCCUCUGGGCCUGCUGCUGCCCCCGCAGCCUCGACUUCUGGCGGUCUCGGUUAGCGGGGCGGCGGGCGGCGGCGGCGGCCUGGAGGCGAACCCCUUCUUCGCCAAGUACCAAGGCAAGAUCCAGGAGCUCCGCAGGUAACAGAGGAAGCAGAGAUGUCCCGGGCAGAGGAUCGGGGAACACGAUGGGCCCGAAUCCCUCCUGAGUUACUAUUAUUUUGAGGGGGGUGGGGUGGGAAGAAGCGGGGAUCUGAUAGCAACCUCCAAGUCCCAAACUGAGCAAGGGUGCCCUUUCCCCUGCUUCGCUUAGGCAAGCUCUUUGUGUAUGGCAAGGACAGUGCUUUUCCCCCCCCUUAAAAAAAUAUGUUUAGGGGUACUCUCAUUUUGACUCAAGAAAAUCACCAUUUUGUAGUUCAAAGCCUGGAAAAUAAAGGCAGUAAAUGGAGAAAAGUACAAAGAUUCACAAAAUGUUUAGCGGCAUCCCCCUCCCCCCGAAAAAAAGCACUAGACAAGGGUAUGUAUGCAACCCUGGGUACACUUGUAACUCCAUUGGACUCGCAGUGGGACUCGCUUCAGGAUCAGGCUCUCACCCGCCUCUCCCGUAUUUUAAAAACUUUGCUUUGCCACACCUCCUCAUAUGGUUGUUUACUCUCCGCCCUAACCUUGUGUGGAUUCAAGGUCCCCUGAUUUAGGAGCUGCUAUCAAUCAGAAAGAGUUGCUGCUUGUAGUUUUGCUCUUGCAAGACUUAGCCCUGCGCUUAUGGGUUGCUGCUCUCCUGCCAUCCUGUUGUUUUGCUCGCGGGGAUUGAAAGGAAAGCUAAACGGAUAUGUUUUUGGCCCACCCUGAGCUGCUUGGGAUCGGGCGGGAAUGAGCUGGAAAUGAAACACCCGCGAGUGCCUGGCAGCUGUAUAAUCAGUUCGAACUUUGAUUCAGAUCCAAUCCAGAAAUUUUUGAAUCCCGACUGGAUCAAAGGAGCGAAGUGAAAAAGCAGCCGGUGGGAGAUUCGAAGCAAGCAGAGUUUGUCAGACUGAUGGAGGAAAAGGCAAGGCCAAUAUCCAAACUCCAUUUGUCAGAUAUUUUAUUUAUUCCUGACUUCUGUUUACAUGUGUGUGAAUGUGUGUAGCUGUGCACAGAUGGGUUCCUGUCUUGUUUAUUUUAUGCUAAAUGCUUUUCAAACAAAUUGAUGAAAGCCUUUGUGAUGUUUGCUAGAUUUUGCAUUCCAGUUAGCUUAACAAAACGUGUUUGUUUCGGUAUACACACACAUUUUACAUGACCACACAGAAAAUGUAACUAGUGCAGGUUGGCCACUUCUUUCCUGUAUAUCUGAAUCUGCAUAUGUUGGCAUAUCAAUAAAACACUGUUUCUGAAGUAAAAAAGUAGGUAUUCAAUGUUGUCAGAUGAUUUUUAUACGUUGUAAAAGCCACCAACAGUUUUUGUAAAUGCUUGUGUUAAAAUGAUUAGCAAUUGGCGGGACAGGGUGGGGGGAACCCACUAUCUCCUUAAUUUGGUGCUUAAAAAAAUAUACUUCGAUAAUACAAUCCAGUGCAUGUCUACUUAGAGGUAAGCCUCAUUAAGUUGAAUGAGACAGUCUUAGGUGGGUGUGUAUAGGGUUGCCCUGUAAAAGUUUUUAAAAGGACUUUAUUAUCCAAUAAACUGACAUUGCUGCCCAGUUGUUUUUGUAACAAUGUAUAUUUUUAUCAGAAAAACUCCCAAUAAUAUCAAAAAAGGUUUUCCCUAUAAAGGAUUGGAAGUUUUUUUUAUUUCGGCAUCCCCCCCCCCCCCCUCCAAAUCUGCAAUUUCACAUUAUAUCAUCAGGAAAUCUGUGUUCUACGCUACCAUUAAUUGCAAUGUUUUCCACACAAUGCCUUGGCCUAUGUAUUAUUUUUAACUAUCUGGGUAUGUGUGUAUGUAGAUUGCUCUCCUUCCUGGAUAAAUAGCUUUAACAAUUUUUUCUUUAAUAAGGUUAUGAUGGCAUGAAGGGUAUCUAUUUAAAAUAAGUAUUUUUAUGUUUAAUCUUAGUUCAAAGAAUCACUUCAUGGGUUCACAAAAAAUAAGGUAAGCUGGUAUUUUUGUAAAGUAGCCUUUCUUUUCUUAUUUAUCUUACUUGGGAUUAUGUAUGAAGGACUUGACUUUCAGUUCAUGUUCAGCCUUUGGCUUAUGUGUGACUGUCAGCCAAAGAGGAUGCAGACAGGCAGCUGUUUUUUUAAUGAGAUCUUCUACAUAAAGUCUUGUGAGGAACCAGCAGAGUCUAGUUCUGCGACCACCAGCCAGUUGCCUUCAAUCUAUUUGGACUACAGCUUCUUGUGCUGGCUGGUGCUGAUGGGAGUUGUCAUCCAAAACAGCCAGAGGGCACCAGGCUAGAAGAAGCUGUGUUUGAUUGCCUCUCAUGAGCUGUCAGAUUUUGUGCUCUGUUUCCUGCCUCCCCCCACCUUCUCCCCUGCCAGCCCAUUAGGUUUCACAGAAGUCUUAUAAUUACUAUUAUACCUUCAUAUUGGGCAUUGCUGCAUUUUUGUCUUUCACGAUGGAUUUGUCCAUGUUUGUAUGUGCAAUAAUUCAGACUUUUUGUUUCUUUUCCUCAUAUCAUAUGUUUCAGUUUAUGUCGUUAACUGUUGUCAUUUGUUGCAGACACUUGAUUCUAUCCUUAAUGUGGAGAUGAUGAAACGGAAGAAGCCCGACGAAAUAAAACAGGUGACCCAAACUGAAGUGGUAGAAACAUUUUCCAUUUAGCUUUUGUUAAUCUUUUAUCUCAACAGAAAGUAUUUCUUCAUGUUAACUUGUGAAAGUAGAUAUGUAGCUAUAGAUAUAUAUCCAGCGGCUCAUAAGACACUCUGGGCCAUUUCACACAUGCCUGUUUCUUACAUGGAGACACCAGCUGUGAAUAAAAAUAGGAGACUGCUAUCAGGUGUGAAAUACAGGGAAGUGUCUGUUAUGGAUCAGGCAGCUGCUAUUCACUACACUUCACUCAUAAUGAUAAACUCAUGGUUAUGCAAAGAGAUAAUUUCCUUGUGAGAACAGUAAUGGGCAGAAGUCUGUUCCCAUAUAUUGCUUGCCUGUUCACUGAGAUCUUCAUCAGAUGCUGUUUGGGUGCCCCUUUCUUUCAUUGUGUGGUGUGGUGGGUCCCUACCAAGGAUAGGGUCUUUUUUGUAGUGGUAGCCCACUUUUAGAAUACUCUCUGGAAGAAGGGUCACUUAGUACCCACCUUGGUGUAUUUUUAAUAUCAGAUGGAGACCUUCCCCCCCCAGGUCCUUUUAAACAUCAGCUGAUGCUUAUUUAUUUAAAUAGAAUAAAACCACCACACACACCCCGCCCGUUCUGAUGGCUGGAUUGUAUCCAGCUAAGUUCUACUCAGUUAAGCCCAUUAAAAUUAAUGUACCUAAGUUUGUCAUUCCCAUUAAUUUCAAUAAGUAUGUUCAAAGUAUGACUACCACUGGGUAUAACCCAGAGAAAACAAGCAAGAAGAAAGGGAGUGUGCGUGGGGGAAGGAGAUGAGAUGCAUACACACUGAUUGAUGACAUUUUCAGAUAUUCCAAAGGGUAUCUUGUCAACCUAAAGAUUUUUGUUGUUGUUGUUUUAUACUUCUGCAUGCUAUUUUAUUAUUAUUUCUUUUAUGGUGUCCAUAUGUUUGAAUUGUUAGCUGCCCUGAAAGCCCUGCUGAUGGAUAGGAUAGACAUCCGUGAAUGGCUAACUCCCCAUUCAGAAGCUUGAUCCAGCCUCCCCCCAUCAAUUUUUUCCUAUGUCCCUAGACUCAAUGGAAUUAUUUGAUGGCAGUAAAAAUUAAAAACAUCAGAUACUGUGCUGGGAUGGUUGUAGCCCAGCACCCUGUUGAGGAUUCAACUUAGCCCCUCCUAGAGCAUCUGAUCAGUCAGUGAUGAGCAGAGAGUGGGCCAUAAUUUCCACUCCUCAGCACAUUACCUGAGGAGAGGGAGGCUAUGUGUGGGCAUGCAAAAAUAUGUGCAAUAGUGUUGGGUGGCUGCACCCACCCCUAGCAUGUGACCCCAGAUGCUUGGCCUAAGGUGAAUGUGGCUGGGGGGGAAGGUUAGCCACUUAGGCAGUAAAUAAAUAAAAUAAUUUGUGCAGUGAUCCUCUGUUUAUUCCAAGCAGAUCGAAUCCAUCAGGGCUGAAAAAUGCAACAGUCAAGGCCAAGCUUCCAUUAGUAUUGACUAAUCAUAUAAGUAGUAAUGUGAAUAUAGGAUUAUUGCAUUUGGGUGGUUUUCAACAAAGGCUGCAAUUCUAAACCUACUUACUUGUGAGUAAAUUCUGUUGCAUUCAGUAGGACUUACUUUUGUGUAGACAUGGUUAGGAUUGUAGUGUUAGACACCCUCAGGGUAGACCGAUUGAAAUUCAUGGUAAAUAACAUAAGUUCAUUGAUUUCAGUGGGUCCACACCAAGUAUGACUUAGUUAGCUAUCACUAAGUCAUCUUAGGUGAUGGUCUAUGAAGUUAAUGUACUUCUUUCUUCCUUCCUUCCUUCCUUCCUUCCUUCCUUCCUUCCUUUUCUUUCAGAUAUGGAAGCAGUAUUAUUCUGGAGAAGACACAGUUUAUGCAGUUAUUCCUGUAAGUACAGUCAAUACACAACAGUGUGAGCGCUGUCGAGUUCAGGGCACACAGGUCUGCUAAGCAGGAUAUAUUUUGCUCUUAGCAGUUACAGUUAAGUUAGUAAGUUUAUUGUGCUAGCUGAAGGCCAUGACAAACCAUACAAACACUAUAAAAAUAUAGAACGAAUCCUCUACUUAAACCAACAGAACUGUGCAAUGGAAGCGAGACUAUAAAUGGGAAGCCACCAUGAAAUACAGUGUAUUUCAAAUUAUAUAUCCUAAUCUUCCUUGCAAUUUACUGCUCUUUUGUCCAAAUCCUUCUUUUUUGCUGCCAGUGCAAAAAGGGCCACUUUAUGAGUCACUGAGGUGUUUUGAGUUAUUCAGCAGCCACAGAACCCUCUCCUCCAAGAAGGGACUGAUUUCUUGAAAAAAUGGGAUUAAAACGGUGUCUCUUAGGUUCUGUGUAUAAUAGGCAAUGUAACAAAUAAUGAAGAAUGUUUUCUACUUGCGGUUGCCUACAUAUACAGAGUCCAUCUGGAUAUGGAAUCUUCUUAUAAAGUCCCUAGAUGUUGUAAGUGGCAAUUAGCUAUUCAGACAAGAACACUCAAGCACCUCCGAUGGAUUGAUCUAAACCUGCAGCAAAAUUGAAUAUUCUUAGUACUGACUAGAAGGUGUUGGAAUUCUUCAAAAAGUAUGGCAUUGUAUUAUUAUUUUUGCUGAAUUUUCACACACAUGAAAAUCAGUCUUAUUGAUUUUAUAGGCCUUCAGAAGUUAAAAGGAGGUGUUUUAAUAUUGAUAUGUACUGUGGUUUACUGUCAUUUUUAAUAUUUGAUUUUUUGAGUUAACCAUUCUUAAUGCUUUGUUAUUUUGCAAACCACUGCAAGCAAUUGGAAUGAUGGGAUGUAAAUAAAUGUUUUAAAUAAACAAAAGCAAACCCCAAACCCCUAAGCUUUCUUUACUAGCACUGAGAGUUAGUUAAAUAUCCUUCCCCCUCUUCUUUCUACAGGGAAAGACUUUUGAUCUGAUAUGGAAACGAGUUCAGGACUGCCCAUCUGUAAGUAUAGCACAUGUGUCUUGAUUGAUUUCUUUUGGAAUGAAGCUUUUUAUCAAGGUUAUCAUGCUUCCUACCCACCUUGAUUUAUUGUGGCUGAAAAAUUUUAUUCUCGAAGCCUCUAUGUUUCUGAUUUCAUCCUGAGCUGGGAUUUGUUAACCGCCCAGAGAUCUUACGAUGAAGGGCAGUGUAUAUAUCCAAUAAAGAAAGAUAAAGAAAUUAAUUAAUAAACCUAUUUGAUUUCCCCACUAGUUUCUAUAUCCACUGCCAAGAAAGGAGGGCUAUGAAUUUUUUGUGGGACAUUGGUCAGGACCAGAACUCCACUUCACUUCUCUGAUAAACGUUCAGGUAGGUGAACUUUGGCAAAACUGAUUGCCAGAAACAGACUUGGAAGUAGAAACUGAAUGUGGUUUUUUUAAUUACAUUUGUCCUGUGUAAAACAUUCCAUAAAACACAUGGCAAUUCCUUGUUUCACGUGGACACUGUUAAUGCAGUAUUACUUGAGCUUUAGGAUUUCAAGGGGUGCCUUUUCUGUUAUGAGGCUUUCAGAAGAUUCCUCUAAAAUGGAGGCUAAGGCAGAUAUUUGCAAACACGGUUGUUCAUUUGUCCUUACUGUUAGCGUUAUAAAAGUGUCUAACCACUUCAGAGCAAGACAAGAUACUCAGCCACGUUUCAAAGUCAGCUUCAUGCUUUGCUUGUUCUGAACUGUUCGUCUAAGAUUCUGGGUUUGGAUGAAACAGGAAUCCCUAGUUAACUGAAUACUUACCUGGUUUGGUUUGCUCUGGUUGUGAAGGGCUUGCCAUGCACGGCCAUAAGGUUCAUUCUUAUCUCAGUUUAUUAAGCUGAGAUAUCAUUGUUCAAAGUCUCUCGGUACAGAGGUGUGUACAGUACAGACAUGGGAAGUUAAACAGUUGUUGGAGCUAACUGUGUCCUGUAGUAAAAUACUUCCUUGUCUUUUCCUGUUGAAAGUUCAUUUGGCUUCUUUUAGAGAAAUCCAGCUUCCCAUCACAACUUUCUCCUGGUUUCUUUGUUUAAGUUUCCCUAUUCUUUGCAUUUCCAUGUGUCUUUUCUGUGCUCUCUUGACUUUGUAGUCCAGAAUUCAGGGAGUCCUUUAAUUUAAGGGACUGCCUAUGAAGAGUAAGGCUGCCCACAUACUGUGCUAACAUUUCCAGCUACCUUUUAAAUUUAACAUGGUGAGAAGGACACAGUUAGGACCCAGAAUGCAAAAGUCCUAUGGCAUGUCCUGCUUGGAUCUCUCUCCCCUUUUUCUCUGGAUGGCAGCUAUCCUCUGUUUUAAGAGAAAUUGUUUUUAACUUUGGAAGAUUGAGAGUUGGAAUAUUUGUGUUCCUACUGGUUGAACAUGGGUUUUGAGGCUGACGAGUAGGGAUAUCUUCAUAGAUGUUAACACAUUGGUCUCACUAAAAUAAUUGUGAGAAAACCUUGCCUGGAAAAACAAAGUAGUUCAGAGUUUUUCAACUUUAGGCUCCUGCAUGACCCAUUCUAAAAUAGUUUCAUAUUGUUGUUGAGCAGAGGUUUCCAAACUUUUCAUGCUGGUGACACUUUUUAGACCUGCAUCAUUUCGUGACGCAGUAAUUCAGUUUCACUAGCAAACUGGAGGUUAAAUUAACCCCUUUCCAGCCCUGGGUGGAGCAUGUGCAGGAUUCGCAUGACACACCUACGCAUUGCAGCCGCCACACUAAUGUGUCAUGACGUGUGACACUAACAUGGAAAGCUCUGUUGCAGAAGCUUCAGAUUCCUAAAUAUCAGCAUAGUUUUCACAUGCAAACCUGGAAUGUUCAUUAGGACUAUUAGUUUUGAUUUCCUAUAUCUGGUGGGUGACUUUUUGGGUCUGGAAGGUUUAAGAUGCAUUGAAUUAAGUUUUGAAAUGAUUAGCUCAUUAUUGAAAGUUCUGGCUUCUGAUCUUUUGCUUGAAGGACCACAUUGCAUAUACUUCUUAAUAAUAUAUAUUUAUUUCCUUUAGUCUCGAGGGGAAUCGGCACCCACCCAGUUGGUCCUAUAUCAUUACCCCGAGCUACAAGAGGAAAAGGGCAUUGUACUGAUGACAGGUGAAAUGGAUCCUAGAUUUUUGGUAAGCAUCUUGGUUCUCACUGUCAGGUGAAGAACUUGAACUCCCAGCUCUGUUUUUGCCAAAAGCUUUAAAAUGUAAAUCAGAUCAGAACAUAGGUAAGACACCAGGUUGCUAGCACAGGUUCAUUCCCACUGUCAUAAGCUAUGGUUUAUAGCAGGCAUGGCCAAACUUGGCCCUCCAGCUGUUUCUGGACUACAACUCCCAUCAUCCCUAGCUAACAGGACCAGUGGUCAAGGAUGAUGGUAAUUGUAGUCCCAAAAACAGCUGGAGGGCCAGGUUUGGCCAUGCCUGGUUUAUAGUGUCCAGAACACAAGCAGCAUGUUGUUCCCUCCUUUUUACAUUCUUGUUGGGUUUUGUUUUUGCAGCUGAGAGUCUCCUCGAACCGUUCUCUUUUACAUCUUUGUUUUUCAAAUCACUGGGAGGUAUUUGGAUUUGAAUUUUGACAUGAAUGAGCAUUCAGUCUUGAAAUUCCUGCCCUCCUUCAAUUGUGAGGUGUAGUAGUGUUGGGGGAGAGCAGUAUCAUGGUGGUGCGACAUUCAGUUUCAUAACCAGUGUUGCCGUGGGACCAGGAACCUUAUUGACUCUGCACCACAAGCACUGGGCUUUUACAUUGCAGCUGGAUUAGCCUUCCCUAUGGCACAAAACAGGAUAGUCACAAAACAUGGAUCCACAGUCCAUUCCUGGACUUGGGUCAGCUGGUGAAAACAGGGUGGUCUUUGGACUGAAGAAGGGCUGUCACUGACCUGACAACUUUAAUUGUGUGUCUUUCUGUUUUACAUCUUACAGACUGUCACAGAAGCCCAGUGCCUAGCCAGCCAGGUGCAGCUUUUUUAUGCCACGGACCGUGAAGAGACCUACCGUUUAGUGGAAGAGUUUAACCACCGGCCAAAUGAGUUUAAGUACAUGUCUGUAAUAGGUGAGCUUGAACAGAGCAGGCUGGGGGAAGAACUCAGGCCUCAGCAAGACCCACCAUCGUCCACUGCUUGAGUGGUGGGAGAAGCCUUGAAGAGACAUGACGGGUAUCGGAAGCGCUCUUGCCUUGAGUUCUGGAGCGGCUGCUUCCGACUGAAAUAAUCUUGAUGGGAAAGGGGUGACACUGACAUCUGAUGGGGAGAAGAAUAUCUUACCAAGUGACCUAUGCAUCUGGGAGCAUGGAGGUACUUGCACAGCCUUUGUUUCUGGCUGGUAGGAGAAAGAAGGAAAGCAUAACCUUGAUAUCCACUUGAUGGUGUUUGGCAUUUGCUUUCCCCCCACCCAAAAAACGCACACAGUCCAGCAUAUUUCAGCAUUUAUGAAGGUUUAUUUAAAUCUCUUCAUUCAGCAAGGGAACGUAAUUGGACGGGGGGAGGGGGGAGCUAGGAGACACUACUGUAGAUGGAUGUGGUAAGUUUCCCGACAAAAAAUACCAUUAUUUACAUCAUAAUGUGCUACAUUCUUAGACAAAAUAUAUAUUUUUAUUAUUUACACUAAAACACCCUUGACAUACAAGAAACUACAGCCCAAGCAAAAAGUAUAAUUCCCAGCCCCAGAGAGCUUAAAAAUCUGACAGUAGGACCUGAAUAAGCACAAAAUGGAAAUCUGUUUAGGGCGACCAAAUUUUGCAGUCAUCUGGUACGUAAAACCAAAAAUAUUUUUUUCCUCUUUUUAAUAAAUGAAUAAAUAACUUUCAUCUGAGGCUGUCCUCCAUGAAAGAUGAUUGAAUGUUUUCCAUGAUGCUGCUGGCAAUUCUUAGUACUGGAAAGGUGUUGAGCCAAUUUCACCAACACUGACUAGAGCUGGGGAAAUGCCCUGUUGCCUUCAUCCUCUAAAAGCGCCUUUAUGAGAUAGAACUACAUAUUUUUAGAAAUGAGAAGGAUCUUAAGCUAUUCCUAGCCCCAUAGAUGUUGAGGAACUGGGCCGUGCGUGAUUUUACUCGUCAUUCAUCUGUGAAGUGGAGAUAAUGCUUUGUUAUCUUGUGUUUCCCCUCUUUCUUGCUGCUUUUGUGUAACGGGUUCAGAACCUUAUUUGGCCCAGAUGUUUGUUGCUGAACCUGACAGGGAUGGGGUGAGAAGGGGGACGAGUGGCAGGUUCAGGAAAGCCCAGGUGCAGAUGCAUCUGGUCUUGCAAGCACUAGGCAUGACUCUCAACCCACAGAGUUGUAUCCAUCUCUGGGUUGCAUCCAACACUACUGUUCUGCUUACACAACGUAGCUUUCCGAUGCUCUCCUCUCUCCUGCAACCCCACAUCCUCAAAAUCUCCUGAGGGUUGUAGGAUCCUCAGGAGCAGAUUUGGGAGGCAGGGGCAAGGACACACAGAGAAAAGAAGAAGAGAAGGUCAUGUUUCAGAAGUAGACCUCCCAUAUGCACAGCAUUUGAUGCAUCCCUAAGUCAUGGCACGAGCAGGACAACUUCUCCUUCCUCUGCUCCAGCGGCUUGGGGGAACCUUCAAUAGCAUUUCUUUUGGGGAAGGGGGCAAAUUCUGCUCAUACCAUGACUUAGCUGCAUACCCCCCAUAGACAGCAGGAAAGAAGGAAGGAAGGCAUAAGACAGUAUCUGUGAGCCUAAUUAGCUCCCUUCUCAGGCUGGGAUCAGAAAUGAGUAUCUGUCAGUCCCUUCAAUCUACAGUAAAGGGGCAGUGGCAACUAGUAGGCUCACUGUGGUCAAAUAAGGGGAGCAGGGAGAGAACUUGCAAUUUUGAGAAUUUUUUUUGAAGUUGCAAGUUUGAAUCUUUCUAUUUUGUGCCUGUCUUCUCUGUUCUGUGAUGUGCUGCCUGCUGAGAAAACCCCAGUGUCCCCCCCCCCUUUAGUUGAAAUGAUUCAAGACCUUCUGCUUUGCAUAUCACGGGCUAAUUUGCAUAUUGUUGAAUACUCCGUUAUUUGAAAACCAAAGCUUUGCGAUACCUUGGAAAACAGGUGAAAUGGGGCAAGAAAGAAAGGGAGAUAAGCAGGAUUGCUACCUGAUUCCAAGAAAUUGCUUGAUUAAUCAUGUGUGUUGAUUGAAUGAAUCUGUAUACCUUUGCAUAUGAAUAAAAACAAUAUUCUGAAAAAGCA